CGGCGGCCCCGAGCUCCCUCCGCAGAGCGCCGCGCCGGCAUCGCGCUCCCCGCCGCCGCUCCGCGGGCGCAGGACGGGCCGCUGCCGGCCUCCCGCGGGUCAUGGCUGGGGACAGGCUGCCCGCCAGCCUCCUGGCCGCCGCCUGCCUCGCCUUGAGCUUGGCCCCGGGGGCGGCAGGACCGCGGGACACCCCCGGCCUCUCGCGGCUGCAGAGGAGGAGCCUGGCGAUGGACUUCGUCGUGCCCUCGCUGUUUCGCACCUACGUGCGGGAGCUGGUGCUGGGGCCGCCGGGGCGCGCCGCGGCGCGCUGCCGCCUGCGCCUGGACUGCGCGCCCCUGCUCCGCGCCGCCCGCGGGGCGCUGCCGCGGGCCGAGCCGCCCGCCGCCCCCGCCGGGCCCUCCGCGGCCGGGCGGCGGCUGCGGCGCGCCAAGCAGCUGGUGCUGGAGGUGGGCGAGGGCGCCGUGCGGGACGGCUGCGCCGGCGAGCCGCCGCCGGGCUCCGGCGGGGCGCACCUGGAGUUCAACCUCACCGAGCUCUUCGCCUGGUGGCUCCGCGCCGGCGACGGGCGGCUGCGGGUGCGGCUGAUGCCCGAGCGCCGCGGCGCCCUCCCGGGCAGCGAGCGAGGGCUGUCGGCGGCCAUCCGCGCCGCCCGUCCCCGCCUCCUCUUCUACGUCUCCGCGGCAGGUGCGAGCCCUUUGGAUCACACAGCAAGGAGCCCUUCUCUUCCUCCUGGCUACUCUGCUUGGAACUUGACCUGGGUCAUGAGAGAUACGUCCCCUUUCUUCUCCCACAGAGGACGACACAUAUUUGACUGCAACUUUGAAUCUCCUUGUGAGCUGGAAUAUUCCUUUACCUCAAAAGAUCAGGAAGCCCCCAACAAUGCCUGGGUCAGAGUGAAUGCAGAAGAAAUCUCACAGCUAAACCUCCCAGAUGGGCCAGAGACAGAUCACUCUGAGAGCACACCCAAAGGUUCUUUUCUGUUUCUUAAUGCAUCAGAGAGGCCGAGCCCCACCAUCCUGAGCCCUUGGCUGAGGAGCAACAGUGAUCAAUGUGUAGUUCAAGUGGCUGUGUACAAGUUUUACCAGCAGAGCGGAGAAUAUAUUGCUCGUGUCCAUCCCAUUGAUGAGAGCAGCAGCGAAAUCCUGUCAGAGGAGAGUCCAGACAAACACGGAUGGGUGUUGCUUCAAAGGAGAGUUGGACACCUGGAGAAACCAUUUCGGAUCUCACUGGAAUAUGUUCCUAAUGGGAACAAGAGCGUGGCAGCUGUGGAUUCCUUCGCCAUGAAGAACUGCAGUUCAGGAUCUUCCUCUCUCUCAAAAAUGGCUCUGGAGGGUUCCUUCAGCUGCUGGAAUGGAACAGUGAUCAGGCUGGGGCAGGCAUGUGACUUCAUCCAGGACUGUGCUGAGGGAGAAGAUGAGGGAGAUAUGUGCAGAAAGCUUCCCUCUGGCUUUUACUGCUCGUUCGAAGAAGGGGAUUGUGGCUGGGUGCCAGGCUCCUCUGCGUCCCAUCCUUCUCCAUGGCGGAUCGGAAGCCCGGAGCACAAGCGUUUCCCUUCCAUAGAAGGUUGUGCACUCCUCCUUAACACCAGCAAGGUACCAGCAGUAGCAAAGACUGUCAUGACCAGCACAGCAUUUCCAGCUCCUUUGAGGAACUCCCCCUGUGAGCUGCGAAUGUCAUGGCUCAUCCACGGAGUCCUGCUGGGAAAUGUAUCCCUGGUGCUGGUGGAGAACAAGACAGGAAAGGAGCAGAGCUGGACGUUCUGGCAUUCCGAGAACAGCGAAGGUUUGGGAAUUUGGCAGUGGGUGAUCUUACCUCUCCCAGAGAUACUGGAUAGGUUUUGGUUUCAGAUCACCGCUUCAUGGGAAGAAGGUUCUGAUGCCAUUAUUGCUUUUGACAAUGUCUCCCUUAGUCUGGACUGUUAUUUAACAAUCAGUGGAGAGAAGACACCUCGAGGUACCACUCCAGACUCAAACAUGUUGCUCACCAGUAGAGGUGGCCAGAAGAAGUUUGGAUGGGAACAAAAGCUCCUGGGAAAUCUCCAGCUCAGCAGUGCCCCCUUUUCUGAUCCAGCAGAUCAGUGGUUGUUCACAACCUGUGGUGCCAGUGGACCCUAUGGCCCCACUCAGAGCCAGUGCAACGAUGCCUACAGGAACUCCAAGCUCAGAGUGGUGGUGGGAGCUGAAGGCAUUCUCCAAGGCAUUCAGAUCUGGAGAGUACCAGCAACCAACACAUACAGCAUCUCAGGCUAUGGAGCUGCAGGUGGGAAAGGAGGGAAGAACACCAUGGUGCGGUCCCACGGAGUGUCUGUGCUGGGAAUUUUUGACCUCCAGAAGGAUGAUACCCUGUAUAUCUUGGUGGGACAGCAAGGAGAAGAUGCUUGUCCUAGUACAAAUGAUGUUAUCCAGAAAGUCUGCAUUGGAGAGAACAACGUGAUUGAAGAAGAGAUUCGUGUGAACAGAAGUGUCAAUGAAUGGGCAGGAGGAGGUGGCGGCGGGGGCGGUGCCACUUACAUAUUUAAGAUGGAGAACGGAGAACCGGUCCCCUUGAUAAUUGCAGCAGGGGGUGGUGGCAGGGCCUACAGGGCCAAAACGGACACAUUCCAUCCAGAAAGACUGGAGAAUGAUUCCUCUAUUCCAGGGUUGAAUGGAAAUUCAGGAGCUGCAGGUGGUGGAGGUGGCUGGAAUGAUAACACUUCCUUCCUGUGGUCAGGAAAAUCCUUGCUGGAAGGUGCUACUGGAGGAAGAUCCUGCCCCCAGGCCAUGAAGAAGUGGGGGUGGGAGACAAGAGGGGGUUUCGGAGGGGGUGGAGGGGGGUGCUCCUCAGGUGGAGGAGGCGGAGGAUAUAUAGGUGGCAAUGCUGCAGUGGACAAUGACCCAGAGAUGGAUGGGGAGGAUGGUGUGUCCUUUAUUAAUCCAAUUGGUACUUUAUACACUCCAGCACUUAAAGUGACAGAGGGGCACGGAGAGGUGGAAAUUAGGCUGCACCUUAACUGCAGUCACUGUGAGAUGGACGAGUGCCAUGUUGAUCUUGAGACUCAAAAAGUCAUUUGCUUUUGUGAGCCAGGCACAGAAUUGGCAGAGGAUGGUGUGUCUUGCACAGCUGAGCCAGUGGUUCGUCUCCCUUUCUCCUUGGUCUUGUCUGUAGUGACUUCAGCAUUGGUGGCUGCUUUAAUUUUGGCUUUUUCAGGAAUCAUGAUAGUGUAUCGCCGCAAGCACCAGGAGCUGCAAGCCAUGCAGAUGGAGCUGCAGAGCCCAGAAUACAAACUGAGCAAGCUGCGUACCUCCACCAUCAUGACAGACUACAACCCCAACUACUGCUUUGCAGGAAAAACCACAUCCAUUAGUGACCUUAAAGAGGUGCCUCGAAAAAACAUCUCCCUCAUCCGGGGUUUGGGCCACGGAGCCUUUGGUGAGGUAUAUGAAGGUCAGGUGACAGGGAUCCCCAGCGACCCCACUCCCUUGCAGGUGGCUGUGAAAACAUUGCCAGAAGUGUGUUCAGAGCAAGAUGAGCUUGACUUCCUCAUGGAAGCUCUCAUUAUUAGCAAGUUCAACCACCAGAACAUCGUGCGCUGCAUCGGGGUGAGCUUGCAGGCCCUGCCCCGCUUCAUCCUGCUGGAGCUCAUGGCUGGAGGAGACCUGAAAUCCUUCCUGAGGGAGACACGCCCUAGGCCGAAUCAGCCCUCCUCCCUUUCCAUGCUGGACUUGCUCCACGUGGCCCGUGACAUUGCUUGUGGGUGUCAGUACCUGGAGGAGAACCACUUCAUUCACAGGGAUAUUGCUGCCAGGAACUGCCUCCUUACCUGUCGAGGGCCAGGGAGAGUGGCUAAGAUUGGAGACUUUGGAAUGGCCCGGGAUAUAUACAGAGCCAGCUACUAUCGUAAGGGUGGGUGUGCAAUGUUGCCUGUCAAAUGGAUGCCUCCUGAGGCUUUCAUGGAAGGGAUAUUUACAUCAAAAACAGACACAUGGUCCUUCGGCGUAUUGCUGUGGGAGAUAUUCUCUUUGGGAUACAUGCCCUACCCCAGCAAAAGCAACCAGGAGGUUCUGGAGUUUGUCACCAAUGGAGGAAGGAUGGAUCCACCUAAAAACUGCCCUGGCCCUGUCUACCGCAUUAUGACCCAGUGUUGGCAGCACCAGCCUGAAGACCGGCCAAACUUUGCCAUAAUCCUAGAGAGGAUUGAGUACUGCACUCAGGAUCCUGAUGUCAUCAACACCUCCUUGCCGGUAGAAUACGGCCCAUCGGCUGAGGAGGAGGAGAAGGUGGCGAUGUGCCCCGACGAUCCAGAGGGAAUUCCUCCUCUCUUGGUCUCAACACACCAAGACAGAAAGGAUGAUAAGCAAACCCUGCCAUCUCCACCACCCCUAGCGUCAGCUGUCACUGCUGGAAAAUCUCUAGGGAAAGUGGGAGCCUUGGAACGGCCAGCACCGGGGAAGGUGCAGUCAGCCACAGGGGGGGGACACAUCAACAUGGCCUAUGCCCAGUCCAAUCCCCCUUCCGAGCUUCACAAGAGCCGGGGCUCCAGAAACAAGCCCACCAACCUCUGGAAUCCAACCUACGGCUCCUGGUUUGCGGAGAAGCAGGCCAGCAGAAACAGUUCUCUGCUGGAGAAGGAGAGGCCCGAGAGGGAGAAUUUGGGACAGGAAGGAAACUGUACUGUGGGGCCCAACAUUGUGACUGGCAGGCUGCCAGGCUCCUCCCUGCUCUUAGAGCCAUCUUCCCUAACCGCAAGCGUUAAAGAAGUGCCUCUCUUUAGGCUCCGCCACUUCCCCUGUGGGAACGUCAACUACGGAUACCAGCAGCAGGGCUUACCCUUGGAAAGCUCCACACCACCUUGCGCUAGCAGUUACGAGGACCCUGUCCUAAGAAACAAGAGCCACAUAACCCAGCAGGGGCCCUGAGAGCCCUCGACCCUCUCUUGACUUUUCCCCCCCGUGGCCCCUGAGCCUUGAAGAGAUGUCCUGUUACCCAACACACCACGAGCAAGGCAUCGGACAGCAUCACCUCCUGUUUUGUGCAAACUUGCUCCAAAAGCGCCACCCUUGACGCUGUAAUUUCUACUAACCCGAGAGGCUUCAAACCACCGGAGCCCCAGCAGAGUCAAAGGAACGAGGGGGAGGGAGGAUGCAGGGAACUGUUGUUAACUGCAAGGCCCAGCUGCUGUUGCAUCAACUCAUCCGCAUGGUUGUCGUCAUGCCCUUCCCGUGAGCUUUUCCCAGUUGUGCGUCCUCUGCUUCCGUGUCAAGCCGCGGCUCACUGCCAUGAGUGUUUCAUGUCUGGGCUUUUCUGUGCCAAACUUGUCGUUGCUGUGGAAGACCUGGAGGUCUGCUGCUGGCAGGGCUUGUAGUGGGUUUGGGAAGAGCGUCCUCUAUCCAAACCAAAAAAAAAAAUGACAGCGCUGAAUGAUGAUGUGAUGGCACGUUCUCAAGUCUUGUUCCAGCUGCAGUCCAGUCUUCAAAAGUCCUUGAAUGCAGUGUUGUGGGGGUGCUGGCAGGGCAAUGGAAAAACCCUAGUCACACUGCAUCACUUGAAGGGGAGGGGAGAGGAAGCAGUGGAUGGGUGUAGAUGCUAUGAGGCAUUCAGGGGGGGCAUUGUUUGGCUGGGGUUUUCUUUGGUUUGAUUUGUUCACCUAUGCUUAACCACCAGAAGCAAGUGAAGCCCUUUAAAAUUCCUUCUGUCCUACAAAAGUAGGGAUGCCCUUCAUCAGGAAUGUGGAAGUAUCAAGUGGAAUCAAGGUGAAGCUUUAAAGGACCAUGGUCAUGAGAGAGACUUUCACCAUGCCCUGCAAAGGGACAGCCACCUGCAUACCUCGAAGGUUUGAAAUAGCCUUUGACAUACACUGUAUGAACAACACCAUAAAGGCAGAAGACUACAUUGUGCCACUGUCUGGAAGCCAGAUACUGUCUGUCCUGAAGGGUUUAGAGCCCUUUUUCCUUUGGCAAAAUACGUGUAUGAUAGUGGUUUAAGGACAAACACUCCAUUGACUCACUUUGUACACCCCGUGCAUGAAAAAUAUUCCAGUUAAGUGUAUUGUCAAAACAUAGAUGUAGGAAAUAAUUCAUGUGUUAAGAUGUGCAUUAGUAACUUCAGCUUGGGGUUGGGAGGAGCUGUUUUUAGCAUGAUCGCUAUCCAAAAAAAAGGGGUGCUUAUUUCCAUAGAAAUGGGAGUACUGGAGCAUCAGCAAAGGAGUGGGAAGGUGUUCUUCAGUCUGAGACUCUUCAUUUCAGUGAAGUGACCCUGAGUCUGGCCCUGGAUCCAAAUGUUGAGUGGAAACGCGGGAAGCUGUAUGAUCUACAGGAUGUAAAGCACAACUGGGGAAACACCCUGUGCUUAUGCUCUGAAAAUGGCUUAUUUCCAUGUGGAUGUUACCUGGUUUCCUAUAGAGGAUAAGUAGAUUUCUGGUUCCGUGAGCUGCUGGAGGUAAAUUAGGUCCGGAUGCCUGUCUCUCUACCUUUCCAGUUGUCCCAUCAUCUUCCCUUUGUGCCACUGAACCUUGUUUCCCCACCACGUGCCUGGGAAUGAAGCAGGGCAGGAGCGAGGGUGGUUCGGGGUGGGAGAGGGGCCUGGCCACAGCGAGAGGACGUGCAGGGAGCACAGGAGGGAGGCCCCAGGGCUGCGUUCAUUUGGCCCAGUCGGUCUCGGACAGCGGCGUUGGACCGUGGCUGCUCUGGCUGCCCUGCACGGGGAGCAGCCGCAGCUGAAACAGGGAAUGGCAGGUGCUACUUGGCAUAUCUGCUCCUGGUACCACGCCUGGCUGCUGGGGGAUGAGAACCUUGAGGUGGGAAUAGCAUCAAACAGCCUUCCACAGCAGCAAAGACAUUGCUGUUCGUCUGUCCCAGAGUUAAACCCAUCGCAGGGAAACGUCCCUAGUGUCCGCUCCUGGCUUCUUUUAGUACCAAGGUUCAUUAUAGGAGUGUCUGUCUCAUGUACAGCCGUUUAUGCAACAUUGUUUAUAAAGGAAGGGCCUGUGCACUUCAGGGAUACUAUGAAGAAAAAUACUAAUAUAUGGUCAUUGAGUAUUUUGUAUUGAAUAGUGUAUUUGUAUUGUAAACAAGUGUAGUGAAUCACAAGGCAUGAAGACAAAUAAAGUGACAGUAGCUGGAUUUCUCCGUGUUGGGCUGUGCAAUGAUUGGAUCAAUGUCCAGAUGUCUCUGGACAUCCAUUUUUACUUGGCAAAGUUGCAGAGGUAUGAAGGUGAUGAACACCCUAAGGAGUAGGUUUGGUGGUACCCCGAGCCACCUUUUGGGCUUGCAGCAGCUGUUCCAGACCCCUUUGCAUUGCAGAUGCUACACAUCAAGUUUCUUACAGGGGAACGUGCCCUUCCCUCUGUCACAAGGAAGGCUGGCUUUUACCCACAGCAAACUGGCCAGAGCAAAAAUAAAACAAAGGAUAUGGCUGAAAAUCUCAUUUGGGUGUUUUCCUAAAUGUGUGCAUCUAAGACAGCCUUUGAGUCUGGACUGAGGGUAGGUCAACCUAUAAAAUGUAUUUUAGUUCAUUUUCAGUAUUGAAAAUGACACUAUUGAAUCUUGUGACAAUUCUAGGAAGAGAUAGCUUCUGCCCUGAAAGACUCACUUUUUAUCCCAUCCCCUAUCCCUCCUAUGGCCCAGGCAGCUGCAUUCUCAUGAAAUGCUCCUUGAAAUUAGGACUGACUUACUAUAUAUAAAUUUUCUCCUUCAUGUGCUCAUUCUACAGGAGGAUAGUGCUCUGGUUUGGUAGGCAUCUCUCCCCUCCCUCCUGUUUUCUCUCCUGUCUUUACUCAAAAAGGAGCUCUCCUGUGCUCUUCCAGGAACAGGGCUGGUCAGCAGCCAGCCACCACAGCCUGGUUUGGAUCUGGCACUGGCUGGAAAUCUCUGCUGUAAUUCCCCUUUUCCAGAGUUGUCAGUCUGUAGCCAGGCAGGGAAAAGGAUGCAGGUGGGUACUCUGCUAUGUGGCUUUCAUGGACAGUUUCAGUUUCCACCUGGUCCUUGACAAGGUUUCUGCAAACUCUGAACUCCGGAACAGCCAUGACAGACAAGCUGGAUGUGCCACCUCCCACAGGUGACAGAGUUAACUUGUCAGAGGAACUACGCUGUGUCUUGCAGCUCUGCAGAGCCAGCCUUGGACCCGUGUGCAGCACUCUGAAGGUGCAGGAUCCCUGCCCAGAAAACCAUUACUGUCACCAUCUGCAGAACAGUCACUGAGUCCAGCUGAGCUGAGCUCCCUAGAAAUUAAUUCCCCAUCCUCAGACACCUCAAGAAAAUUCUCAUCCCCUGUCCCAUGCACUUGUGGUCUCUCCUUUCCAGCCAGUGUUCAAGAAAACUUGAAAGAUUUAAUUGCUAAGAGUACUGAAGGACAUUUUAUCAGGACCUGAGACGUGCUGUGGGACAAGGACUGGCCUCAGAGUCUGCACAGAGAGCAAAGAAUUGCUGGGGACCAUCUGUGUAUUUAUUUAAAAACUACACAAAAUGUUUUAUUUACGUAGUUUCUUGGGACUUUGAGGAUAAUUUGGCUUUUUUUCUAACCAGUCAGGAGCUCUGAUAGUACAGUCCUCUGCACAGCACCUAAUUUCAAACUUCACUGCCACUUAUUUUCAGAAUUUUCUUUAUGACGCAGUGUCCUCCUGUAAGAGUUGGAGUAAAGGAUUAUGGCAACUUACCUUGGAUUUAGGGAAGCACAAAUCCCUUCCCCUCAUCACCUUGAAGAGAGCCAUCAGUAAUCCUUUCUGGAAUGGACCGAUUUAUUUCUGUUUCAGACAGCAUAAUUUUACAGUGCUUCUUGCUUCCUGGCAGAAGAUUCUGAGAG